GCGGUGCGGCCAGCGGCGGCAGCACCAGUCUACCGGCUCCGGCUCGUGAGGACGUCGUCAGCAGUCCAGUGAGCGUGUCCAGCCAGUGUUGGAGCCCGGUAGUGCCCACAGUCCACCCCUGCCAAAGACGAGACGCCAUGGCCCUGGAGAGCAGCCAGAACCUUCGCGGCGCAGAAGACCUAGCCUCGCUGCGCCGUCAGUUUGACCUGCUGGACACUGACGAGGAUGGCCACAUCUCCCCGGUCCACCUGACCAACGUCCUGCGCAGCAUCGACCUCCACAUCACCGACACCGAGAUGGACGAGGUCAUGGCCAAGACGGAUGUGGAUGGGGACGGCCUGAUUACCUUCGAUGACUUCCGGAACGCACUGGCCCGGACCCGGAUGGAAGAGGAGCGGCUGUCUGCCUUCGAACGCGACCAGGCUCUUCGGAAAACAUUCCAGAUUUUCGACCGCAAGAACAUGGGCAUGAUCGGCCCCAACGAGAUCUGGGCAGUCCUGAAAAAUAUGGGCAAGGACUUCAGCCUAGAUGAGAUCGAGGAAAUGGUGGACGAGGUGGACGAGGACGGCAAGAACAGGAUCACAUACUCAGAGUUUGUCCAGCUGGUGAUGGGUGAAAACUAAGACGUCCCGCCGAUCCAGCACCGGAAUGGCGAGGUGGUCCGCGGCCAUACCACGGCAGGACCGGAGCGCCGGGCGUACCAGCGGCCAUACGGGCCAUCACUGCUAAUGUCAGAUUAUGUCUAUUUCCCAUAUGUUUAUCAUCUGCAUCAUUUAAGACAGCUCCAGCGGGUGACGUCAUCAGUCCGCCCCUAUUGGUGGACGUGCUAUGUUAAUUCUAUGUUUGUGAGCAGACUCGAGAUUGUCCAAUGUACAUCAUAUCAUGAGUGUGUUGAGAAUAGACAGAGCCAGUAUCCUAACGAGCCAUUAUGGUUUCAACCCCGUAUCAUAGAAAUCGGCGAAACGACUUACAUAAAAUAUUUAUGAUACCAAUUACCCCGCUUGCUUUGUCGAUUUCUAAACCAAAAAACGGAGAGUAUGCUUUCGUUACAUGUUAAAUCAUUGCGAUCACUAUCGGAAUGUGUUCGAAAACGUUCUUAGUUUCGCUGCCAUAUCAAGCUAAAUAUUGGUAAUAAAUAUUUAAUGACAACAAUGAACAACCAUGUGUGUGUAUGUGACAAGGACAUGAGCGCUCCACACUGACAACACCGUACCAACAGCCAACGUUACACAGUGUACAUUAUCUAGCUCACGCACAAUCACGCGCCUAUAUGCAGAGCACGAAUGGUUAACACACACCGGUCAGAUCAGCUAAUGGGCCCCAUUAGCUAAACCCCAUUUCACCUUAUAUUACCGCCAACUGAUCGCGCUGACACCGGCUAACUCGUGAGGAGCACGCCUUUAAAAAUGACACCGGACACUGCAAUGAAGGCUAACAGCACCGCCGACAUCGAUUUAAAUGCACAGAGACAGAGAACAUAGAACCUUCAGGUCACCGCUGUAUUGGGUGGUCGGGUCGCAACUAUACACAUGACGUUAUGACAUCAUGAUGUGAUUACGUCAUGACGUGAUGUCAUUUGGGAACCGGAGCGACUGAUG